CCUAGAAUCUUUGCGGGAGUCUGCAGUCUGCGCGCGCGCACGCACUUCUGCACUCUCAUCCUCUUUGCAGUUGUCAAAAACACGCGCGCGUGCCCCCUCAUCUUCGUUGCAGAUGUCCUCUCUGCAGCCAUGGAGGAUCCUCCGUCUUUAUGCCCAGCAGCUCCAGCGGACCAGAGCGGACUGUCCUCCCGCUGAAGCCGCGCUGAAGUGAUGAGGAGUCCAGACCUUCAGAGUCCAGACCUUCAGAGACCUUCAGAGUCCAGACCUUCAGAGACCUUCAGAGUCCAGACCUUCAGAGACCUUCAGAGUCCAGACCUUCAGAGUCCAGACCUUCAGAGACCUUCAGAGUCCAGACCUUCAGAGUCCAGACCUUCAGAGACCUUCAGAGUCCAGACCUUCAGAGUCCAGACCCACUGGACUGAAGAACACUUGAACCCAACUCAAAGCUGUCAGCAGCUCCUGACCCCUGACCCUUGACCCCUUGAUCUGCUCCACGUCCAGGACAUGACUGACUUGGAGGCGUCGGUUGUGGGGGAGCCUCCUCCUUCGUACAUCAUCUUUCUGGUGGUCUUCCUCUUCUUCCUAACUGGACUGUCGGGCUUCCUGCUCUGCCAUCUCCUGAAGAGGAGGGGAUACCGAUGUCGGACCGGAGACGUGGACAGUGAAGAAGAGGAAGAAGAAGAGGAAGAAGAGAAGAAACUGGGAGGAGCUGCAGAGGGUACAGACACAGACACAGACCUGGAACAGACCUGCAGGAGGAAUAAAGAGAGGGAACGAGGGGAGGAGGACGAGGAGAACCAGGACACCGUGGAACAAAUCCUCAAGUGCAUCAUUGAAAAUGAAGCCAACAUGGAAGCCUUCAAUGAGAUGUUAGGAAACCGUAACGUGUGUGUCCACCACGACCCCAGGUUUCGUAAGGAGUCCAUCGGGAGCGUCCCCCCCCACCACCACACGGUGCACUCAGGCACAGAGCACGACUCCUGCCACCUCUGCGCUCAGGGUCGCUCCAAGAAGGGACGGCGUCACAGCAGAACGCAGCGAUUCAAACAGCGACCUGGAGAACAGACGGUGUUCUCUGUGGGAAGAUUCAGGGUGAUACACACAGAUAAGAAGCUUCAUGGAAGUUCAACUGCAGUGGUGGGUUCAGGGGACCCACUGGACCAGUCCCAGGACGCCGAGGCCGGAUACAACCUGAGGAACAUGUUCAAGGACGUCCGACCCACCUCCGACACAACCAACGGAUUCGUCCCAAAUAUGGGAAAACGAAGGAGGAGCGGAACCAUUUUUGGUCUGCGGCGAGUCAGCGACCCUGUCGGCCUCAGAGCGACGGAGCAGUCCACGAGCAGGCAGGGGGGGGGUCUGAAAUUUGCUUUCCAGAAGCAGCCGGUGGUUCCGGAGGAGCUGGUCCAAGGUGAGGACCCAGAGGAGACCGAGGACGAGAAGGUUCCACACAGAGAGACGGGUCGGGUCAGUUCUCUUCCUUCUAGAAGGAAACGAGAGUCUCAGCGGUCGGUGUCCGUCUCCGAACCUCAGCUGGACCGACUGGUCGGACCUCCAGCUGUGGCUGUCCCCCACUCACUCACCCAAGGUUCUGCUGAUCCCGGACCGGUGCAGACGUCCACACCCACCACUGCAGGGUUCACUUCUGCCCCCCCCAAAGGUUUUCCAGUGACCCAGUCUCCCCCUGACCCCUGCUCCAGUCCAGAGGUGGAAGCGGGCCGUGGUUCUAGCCUGGCCUUCAUUAGUCUGGGUUCUUCUCCUCAGUCUUCUCUUCAGAACAGAACCCCGUCCUCGUCCUCUGUGUCUGAAGCCCCCAGCUCCCCCAGGGAGGUUCCACGCCGUCAGGUCGUCACCUCAGGUCGUAGCUCUUCCCUCCCUCCACCAGGGGCCGCCGUGAUCAGCCAAUCACCUACGCUGUCGAGGUCCAGGGCCCGGGCCCCCCCACCACAUCUGAGGUCGGGGCCAGGAUCAGAAGAGACCCUGGGACCCUGUGAGGGGGGGCCAAAGAAGCACUUCAGUGAAGACAGACCACCUCCGUCUCCAGGCGGACGGAUCAGCAGCACGGUGGUUGUCAGGGGGGGGGCGGACGGUCAGAGAGAGUUUUCAGUGGUCACUAUGGUCGAAGACCAAGACGGGAGUCGGACAGAGGCCGCGGUCGGACUGAGACAAGACAAGGACGACAUGGUGGAGAUGGAAGACAUCAGGGACUGCAGGGUGACGCAGGGCAGGGGGGAGGACGGGGGGGAGGACGGGGGGGUCCAGGAGGUGCUGCACAGAUGAAGGAGGGGCCUGAGGGCUGUGAUGUCAGAGGAACAGGAAUGAUGAGGCAUGAUGGGAGAUGGCGAGUCCACCUGUCAAUCCUGUUGAUGGAGACGAUCAGACGUCAGUACACGCCUGUGUGUACUAAUGAAGUACUUUACUGAAGUACUUGACCUCGGCUCCAUGAUUCACUCUGUGACUCCGCCCCCAGAGCUGGAGAUGACCGGUGUGUGUGUGUGUGUGUGUGUGUGUGUGUCUACUCCGGCUCAGGUUAAUGUUGACUCUAAACUGACCACAGAUGUGAAUGGUUAUUGGUCUUUCUGUUUAUAUGUGGAGCCCUGCAGGGGGCGACCCUGAGUAUUAUGACUGACCUUUAUUUUGUUAACUACAGACUAUAUACAGGUCACUAUAUCAAAUAUCACACAGUACUACUACAGUACUACAGUACAGCAUAACAUAAUGAAUGUAUACAUACAGUAGUAGAUUUAAAGGAUUACUAUCGUCAGGACCAUCGUCACUCUGACCUCUGACCUCUGACCUAUUGUUGUGUUCCCCAGACUUUAAGCUAACUAGUUAACUCAUUGUUUAGUGACCAAGUUAGUGGCCAUCAGUCCACAUUCCAGCCUGUGACUCUGGAGACUCUUCAACUGGAGCAAAAACACUGCAGCUGGAACUCAGCAGCCAGAGAGCAGGGGUCAAAGGUCAAAGUAUUUUCCUGGUCUUCAUGGGAAACUGACCAGGGUCCGGUCUAGUUUCUCGUCACAUGCCUGCUCUUCCUCAGUGAUCACGUGAUGAUCCCCAGUACAAUGUUCUCAGUGUGGGGGACUGUAGGUUGCCCUCUGCUGGUCACCAGAGAAAUCACGUCACAACGGCCUCUGUUGUGUUUUAAACCAAGACACGAUUCCUACAACUGAACAAACAGUUAGUCAACAGUUCUUCAAAGACAUGAAAUGAACUCAGUACGAGUACAUGAAGUAAACAAGUGUACAGUACUGCAUUGUUCUUCAUUUAUAGGCCCGAGUACUACACAAUACAAAGCUGUAUAUAUAUAUAUAUUUACCAUUCAAUAAAUAGUAGAUUGUGAAAAUA